AUGGCGCUCAGCGACCAGAAGAUAGCGGAUAUAAAGGAGGCAUUUGCUUUGUUCGACCAGGACAACGACGGCUACCUCGCCAUCGGCGAGCUGGGCACGGUCAUGCGAGCGCUGGGCCGCAACCCCACGGAGGCGCAGGUCAGGCAGCUCGCAAAGGAAGUGGACCCUGACGGCCGCGGCAGCAUCACCCUGCAAGGCAAGCGCCGCGCGGCGCACCGGGCCGAGGGGCUGCUCGCGGCUUCCGAGUUCACUGGCGUCAUGGCGAAGGACAUCCCCACGCAUGACAGCGAGGCCGACAUCGCCGCCGCCUGGAAGGUAUUUGACAAGGAGGGGCGCGGCUGGAUCAGCGCGGACGAGCUGCGGCACGUGCUCACCAGCAUAGGCGAGCGGCUGGCGCCCGGGGAGAUGGACGCCCUACUGGCGGAGGCCAACCCAGAUGCUGGCGGCAAGAUCAAGUUUGAGGACUUUGUGAAGCUCCUUGCCGCCAAGUGA